AAUCCUCUAGUCUAUCAAUCCCCACCACCAUUACCAAAAGCGAAAGGGAGGGGGGUAAAGGAGAAAGGAAAAUAAAGAAGAAUAGAAAGGAAGGGACUUGAGCAAGAGAGAAGAAUCCCCCACCCACCCAUUCCACAGAUAUUGAUGGGUGCCCUCCUCGUCCUCCGCCUGCAGCCCACAAUACUUAUCUACUUCAUUCUCCUUCAUGCAUCCAACAGCAACACGACUGCUACUGCUACUGCUACUGCUCCUCCUCCUCCUGCCGCCCAAGAUGGUGUAUGGAAGUCUGCUACGGCAACAUACUUCAAAGAAACAGAUGCCUCCAUCAUCACCGAAGGGGCUUGUGGAUAUGGGGACCUUCACAAAAGCAAAAGUAUCUAUGGAAUUACGUACAGUUCGGGGCUAAGUAGUAUGUUAUUCAACAGAGGGAGUACCUGCGGUGGUUGCUUCGAGGUGAGAUGUGUCGACCACAUUCUGUGGUGCCUCCAGGGAAGCCCAUCCAUCACUCUUACUGCCACUGACUUCUGCCCACCAAAUUAUGGGCUUCCAGCUGAUUAUGGUGGCUGGUGCAAUUUCCCCCGAGCACACUUUGAGAUCUCAGAGGCCGCCUUUGCCGAAAUUGCAGAUAUCACAAGAAGAGCUGAUAUAGUUCCCAUUCAGUAUAGAAGGGUCAAGUGUGAGAGAAAUGGGGGGAUGAGGUUUACAGUGUACGGGACUUCAUUCUUCUAUCAAGUCCUAAUCACUAAUGUAGGAUCAGACGGCCAAGUAGUUGCAGUCAAAGUGAAGGGAUCAAAGACAGGGUGGAUACCCAUGGGAAGGAACUGGGGACAAAACUGGCAGUGCGAUAUCAACCUUACUGGACAGCCUCUGUCAUUCGAGGUCACCACUAGCAGUCAAAGAAGCAUAACCUCCUACAAUGUUGCUCCGGCAAACUGGAGAUUCGGUCAGACAUUUGAAGGAAAACAGUUCUAGAUCAAUGGGAAAGCUAAUAUAUUUACCUAUAUACAUAUAUAUUUUUAAAGUCAGUCACAGGUAAUCAAGACAAUGAUAAAGGUAUGCACAAAUUGUAGCGUUUACCUUCUAGUCACUCACUUUUCCAGGCAUUCAUUCCAUGGGUCAAAAGGUAGAUAUCGAUGGAGAAAAUUUGGAAAAGAAAAGUUGAAGAAAUUGCAAUUGUAGGUCCCAAAAUGGCCACUUUUUCAUAUACCAAGAAGAAAUAGGAUAUACAUGUUGACAAUGGAAUGCAUAAUUAUUGAA